CUUCCCAUCCAUUUUGCUUGCCUGCCAGCUGGAUGGGAAGUGUAAAAAUGCCUCCCUCCUGGUUCUACCACCCGAUGAUUCUAGGCUGAGAUUCCUGCCUGGCCGGGGUUGGGCUGGAUGAGCCUCGGGGGUGCCUUCCAAGAUUCAAUAAGGCGAGAAAAGUCCUCCCUGCUCCUCUCCUGUGUGGCUCUCCCUCACCGCUACGCCCAGGACCCAGGAUAAUCCAGCGGGACUGCCGGAGAGAUGAGGAUUUGCUUCUUCACCAGGAAGAUGGCAGCAAGCGGCUUGCUGGCGCCAGUGCUGCUCUGGCUGUUCUCCCCGUGGGCCAAAGGUGCUGUGGGGUCCCCUUUCCUGCUACCCGCUCCCGAGAACACAUCCAAUCAAGGGCUGCCUGCUUGGCGGGGAACGAAUUCGUCGGGGGACAUUCUGCAGCAGCACACAGGAUUCCCAGAUCCAUGGGUCACCCCCCUGGAAGACCUUAAGCCUCCUGCCCAGCCAGUCAUCCGCAGAGAGCCUUCUCCGCAAAAGCCAGGCAUCCGCUUAUCGUGCCAGGUGCCUAGCGGCGCGGUGGAUGCCAUCGAAUGGAAAAGGGACGGGAAACCGCUCUCCAGGGGCCAAAGGGGUGUUGUUCUUCUCCUCCCCGGGAUGGAGACAUCCCACUGCGGCUUGUACUCAUGCAACGCCAGCAACCGCCAGGGCUGGAAGGAGUCGCCCCAGCUGGAUGUGACGCCGGGAAUCUCCAUGAUGCUGGGGGCCUCCUUCCAGCUCUCUGCCUCAGCCCUGAUGAGUGCUGCUUUCUCCGGAUGGGGGAUCCUCUUGCCGUUGUGUCAGCCCCAUAAACUCCAGAUCCGAGGGAAGGCCUGGAAGUGGCUCAGCAUCUACGUCAAUGGACUGACGGGCUCGGCUUCGGCACUUGCCUUUGUGGCCCUGAUCCUUUGGAGCUACGAUCAGGGACUCUCGGCUGCCCUCAUCCUGCCUCUGUUCCUCCUCCUCUACACCGUAAUGGUCACCCUGCUUGUCGUGGGCACCGUUGUCUUCAACCUGAACACGAUCCACCAGAUCACCGACCCAGCAGCUCAGCGGCUAGUGGACUUCAGCACCCCAACGGGGGUGAUCUUGGUCACUGUGACGUGCAGUCUCCUCAUCAGGCAGGUCGUGAAGCUGGAAGAGCAAGGAUGCGCUGCACCAGUGGACCUGACGCCUGUCGUCGUAGGAACUGCCGGGAUGUGCUUCCUCCCCUUUACAGCGAUUGUUGCAGUCCACUGCGCAGAUAUGAAGAAGAGGACGGCCGAGGACCGAACCUCCAGAAGGGAAAAUUGGAAGAAGGCCAUUCAGAACGGGACCGUCCAGUUCCUCUGAGCCGGCUUCUGUUCUCCCCGCUGCAUCUUGCCAGAUCUUUCCUGCCUGCGUCCCCCGUGCCCUCUAAAGGAAUUCUUUGCAAACCAGAGUGCCAAUAAAAAUAUUCUACGA